UGGAAGUGGGAAACUUCGAUCCGUGUUCAUACUUUCAAGCUCGAAAAAAGUAUUACUCGAAAAUAACAAAUGUCUGGACGAGUAAAUACACAUGAGACAUAGCUGGCUAUCCAGAUGGCAGUGUGGAAACUGAAUCAAAGGUUUUGAAUUUCUCUGUAAGAGGUCUGCGUGAGUAAGCAAAGCUCAUCAUGGCAAGCAGAGAGGUCAACGAGACCACGCCCCUGUUGGACAGCUCUCCGUCUGUGAACCGAGCUCCAGCGUCGGUCUUCCAGGGCAGGAGACUGGCGUGUGCUGCGGUCCUGCUGGCCGAAUCCUUGGAACGAGUGGCGUUCUAUGGCAUCACCUCCAACCUGGUCCUCUUCCUCAACGGUGGCCCUUUCUACUGGGAGGGCACGCAGGCCAGCCAGGCCCCCUUGGUCUUCAUGGGGGUCACUUACCUGGUGUCUCCGUUUGGCGGUUGGCUAGCAGACGCGUAUUUGGGGAAGUUCUGCACCAUCGCGUGCAGUUUAUGCCUUUACCUCCUGGGGAUGCUGUUCUUCCCCUUUAUCGCGGACGAGAACUCCAGGAAUGCCCUGUGUGGGGAGGAAAUGGCUUUCCCCGUGCUGCCCCCAGAAUGCCUAAGCAACAGCAGUACACCCCCUAGCAACGUGUCCUGCCCCACCCGAACGCCCUACUGUGGGGCUGCAAUCUACAGUGGCCUUGUCCUCAUUGCCUUGGGUGUGGGCACAGUGAAGUCGAACAUCACUCCCUUCGGGGCUGACCAGGUAAAAGACAGAGGAUCGGAGGCAACACGCCGGUUCUUCAACUGGUUCUACUGGUGUAUCAACCUGGGGGCCAUCUUGUCUCUGGGCGGCGUGGCCUACAUCCAGCAGAACGUCAGCUUCCAGCUGGGCUACAUCAUCCCGGCCGUGUGCCUGGGCGUCUCGCUGCUGGUGUUUCUGCUGGGCCGCGUGGUCUUCAUCACCAAACCUGCCGACGGCAGCGCGUUCACCGACAUGUUCAAGAUCCUGGGCUUCGCCUGCUGGUCUUCACAAAGGCCGAAAGAACCCAACCUGCUCCGGCCCAAACCAACGCUGCUGGAUGCUGCCAAAGUAACCUAUGGAGGGAAGUUUCCAGAGGAGAAAGUGGAAGAAUUGAAAGCCUUGGUGAAAAUCAUCCCUGUUUUUCUGGCUCUCAUCCCUUACUGGACCGUGUACUUCCAGAUGCAGACCACAUAUAUCCUUCAGAGCCUGCACUUAAAGAUCCCUGCAUUUCCUGGCAAUGUCACCCUCAACACCACUGCCCAGCACCUGGUGCUUUUCCGUUUCCCGGCAGCGUGGCUCACCAUGUUCGACGCCGUGCUCAUCCUCAUGCUGAUCCCGCUGAAGGACAAGGUGGUGGACCCCAUCCUCAAGCGCAGAGGCCUGCUGCCCUCCCCGCUCAAAAGGAUCGCCGUGGGCAUGUUCUUCGUCAUGUGGUCGGCGGUCGCUGCCGGAAUCUUGGAGACCAAGCGGCUCGACAUCGUCAGGACGUAUGGCACCAUCGACCAGAUCAUCAGCGGCGUCACCUACCGUGCGGCCGACCUGCCCAUCUGGUGGCAGGUCCCCCAGUACGUGCUCAUCGGGAUCAGCGAGAUCUUCGCCAGCAUUGCAGGUCUGGAGUUUGCCUACUCGGCCGCCCCCAGGUCCAUGCAGAGUGCCAUCAUGGGCCUGUUCUUCUUCUUCUCUGGUAUCGGCUCCUUCGUGGGCUCAGGCCUGCUGGCCCUCGUCUCCCUCAAGGGCAUCGGGUGGAUGUCUUCUCACAAAGACUUCGGUAACAUCAACGACUGCUCCCUCCAUUACUACUUCUUCUUGCUGGCGGGUAUCCAGGGAGCCACCCUGCUGCUCUUCCUUAUCGUCUCGGUGAAAUAUGACAGGCAGAAAAUUAGAGCAGGGAGCCAGAGGCAAGGGAGUGUCACCUCCUGACCCCGAGAGCCGGACUCUGAGGGUAACCCGCUGUCCCCGCCAUUCUGACGCCCGCCCUGACCCGCUGCAGCGACCUGCCCCGGCUGGAUCUGUCAGCAGCGGCAGCAAAAAAAAAAAAAAAAAAGUGUCCCUUUUUUCCUGCUUUACGAUUUUUAAGUUUGACCUGUGGAGCAGAAGUACUCUUAAUAUAAA